CCCUAAUCGAUUUAUCGAUUACUAAUGAGAAAAAUGUAAAAUAAGAAAAGUCACGAUACAUAAGUGGACUUGCUUAAAUUUACAUAGUUAAUGGAUAGUUCUACUAGGGUUGAAGUCGAAUUUUAAGUUUAGAAUUUAGUGUAUUCCCGAUAAAUAUGCCACAGUGAUUAGUGAUGCAACCUAAGAUUUAUGGAUCUAACAUUUCGCACACAAUUUUAAAUUAGCGCUCUGAAUUGAUAUAUAAAGUGGAGAAAUCCACAUAAACAUUCAAUGUAUGUUUAGAUAAGAAAUAUUAAACAUAUUACGAUUUUUUUUUUAGAAGAUGACAACUGUAUUUGUAUCAGGAGCUACAGGGUAUAUUGCCCAACACGUGGUAAAGGAAUUGGUUGCUAACGGGUACCAAGUUGUGGGAUCAGUUAGAUCUGCUGAAAAGGGAGAUAAAUUGAAGAAAUUAGUUGGAUCCAAUUUCUCAUAUGAAAUCGUCAAGGAUAUUCAAAUUGAAGGAGCAUUCAAUGAAGCUUUGAAAAGGCACCCUGAGGUGACGGUUUUCUUGCAUACAGCAUCUCCAUUCCAUUUCAAAACAACUGAACCAGAAAAGGACUUAUUGAUCCCUGCAGUCAAUGGAACUAAGAACGCCUUAUCAGCUGUUCAUAAAUUUGCUCCACAAGUUAAGAACGUAGUUAUUACUUCUUCAUAUGCCGCCAUUGCGCCUGCAUCUAAGGAAGUUGAUAAUACUGCCACAAUCUCUGAAACUACUUGGAAUGAUGUUACAUGGGAAGAUGCUACUAAGGAUCCUGUAACUGGAUAUCGUGGCUCAAAAACUUUUGCUGAAAAGGCUGCUUGGGAAUUUGUAGAAGUUGAAAAGCCUAAUUUCAUAUUAUCUACUGUAAACCCAGUUUUCGUAUUUGGCCCACAAGCUUUCGAUUCUGAAGUUAAGGAUACUUUGAAUACAUCCGCUGAAAUCAUUAAUGCCUUACUUAAAUUAUCUCCAGAUGAUGAAAUCCCAUUUUUCAGAGGUGCAUACGUUGAUGUAAGAGAUGUUGCUAAGGCUCAUCUCACUGCCUUUGAAAACAAAGGAGCAGAAAACCUGAGAUUAUUAUUGGCUGAUGGUAGAUUUGUUACUCAAAAUAUUGUUGAUAUUUUACUCGAGAACUUUUCUCAAUUACGUGGGAAAAUUCCAAUUGGGGAACCUGGUAGAGGUUCUGAUGUUGAAUCUAAAUUGGCAAAGAUUGAUAAUGAAAAGACCAAGAAACUUUUAGGGUUUGAAUUAAUUGAUUUAAAGAAAACAGUCUUGGAUACAGUUCAACAAGUUUUAGAUGUGAAGGGAACUAUUUAGAUGUAGAAAUAGUAAUGGAGGUUCAAUAUACGUUUAAAAUUA